CAUUUGGUUUCAGCCAUGCGUGCGUUGGGCAGCCAUAGAGGUCGACUUGGAUGGAACACAAUACAAACGAGUGAAUGCCAGAACAGGAAGGGACGGCGUGGUACUGCAGGAAGAGGUGAGUCGUUCCUUCCAGUCCAGGUGAAUGGCCUGAUUCCUGUCGGUUCUGCCUGGGAGGCAUUCUUACGUCUUCCACGUCUUCCCCCGUCCUUUUUUUCUGCUCUCCGUCCCAUCUCACCUCAUAUGCAAACCCACAAUGUCGUCUCGUCGCCUGGUCGUUACCAGAGCCUCCACGGCAUCCUUCAUCCAGGACGAGGACCGCGAGCUGGACAACUUUGAAGACCUAGCCUCCUCCCAACCGAUCCCUUUGUAUCAGCUGUGCACCAAAGCUAGUUCCAAGCGAGGCGCCAGAACUCGGAAGCUUUUGUCGGAUAUGUCAUCGACCAGCGACACCAAGGAGCUACGUCCGAUGAGCCAACAGAAGGCCCUGUCUCAUCUUUCCGCGUUACACCGUGCCAACAGCGGGGACCAUCAUCUGAACCUGGCCACCGAGUCUUUCGUAUCCGCCCGCCUGGAGUCGCAGGGAUGGGAUAGCAGCGAUGAUAGCCACUUGCAACAGAACCCGUUGAGUUAUUCUAGGUCCUAUGACUCCUCCUACUCUCUCGGCACUCCGCUCCAUCGAUCGGUUACGGAGGAUACUUCUUUGCAUCUCUACGGAGCCAGCUUCGAUCGAACCUACAGUCAAUCUCCAUACGAGUCGCUGCGAGUCCGUGCUCGCCUGAAGCGACCUGAAACCCGAAUUACAUCUGGUCUCGAGAUCUCGGGUCCUGGGCCACAACACGAGCAACCCUUGGAACAUGUGCAUAUAAAGGAGGAGAAAAGACGCAAGUUCAAGGAAGAAUUCACCGCGCUGCUCAAAAAUGUGGCACAGAAUGGUGAAAGCUCCAAGCCAGACGAUGAGCAGGUGCAGCUCCAGGAACAAGCUGUGGAAACCCAAGCUCCCACGACUCAUACUCCACGCAAGAGUCAGGUUUCAGAAACCAACACUACCAGCACAGACAAUGGAUCGAACCUUGAAAAUGAUUCCGCAACUCAUCGCCAGGGAAUCCUAAGGACUCCUCCAGGUCUCACUAGACCGAAAGGCCAGCUUCAGCUGAAGGCUCGAUUAGAAGAAGCGGAGGCUUGGUUCCACCGGGACGGUCGAGGUCAAGACCGACUACGGCAGCAAAUUGCAGGAAUCGCCGGGAACUGUGCCAGUACGAAGGAAGAGCAGCUGACUCUUCUUCUGGGUGACAUUAUCCUCAAUCUCUACUCCUAUGUCUCUGUGGACCGUGCGAAGCAGGCGGCAGACUUUGGCGAAUUCGACGACGUAGAAUCUUCCUAUUGCUCGGCCAGCCAGAAUGGAUCUCGCAGCUAUUUUGAAUGACGGGGGAUACGAUGUGCAUAAUUCAAUUACUAUUAGAGAA